UUUCUACAACUAAUCUCCCGACUCGAAUCUUCCCCCUUCGAGCCAAAAAAGUCACCGUAUCUCCCUCAACCCACGUCAUACUUGGCCCGAAUCAAAGCUCCACGAGCUCCCCCUGAUUCAUGACGGCCACCCUCUGAGAUACCCGCGAAUUUCCCCAAACAAAUUAACGCAAUCAUGACCGAAAUCACAGCAGCCAACGGCACAGGCCGGACUGUGCCUCAAGUUAAUGGCAAGGCCUCCUACGCCGAGAAGCACCAAAUUGCCGACCACUUCAUUGGUGGCAACAAGUUGAGCAACGCCCCGGCCUCCAAGGUCAAGGAUUUUGUUGCCCAGCAAGAUGGUCACACCGUCAUCACCAACGUCCUGAUCGCCAACAACGGUAUCGCGGCCGUCAAGGAGAUCCGUUCGGUGCGGAAAUGGGCGUACGAGACGUUCGGCGACGAGAAGGCCAUCCAGUUUACCGUCAUGGCCACCCCUGAGGAUCUGGCAGCCAACGCCGACUACAUCCGUAUGGCCGACCACUACGUCGAAGUCCCCGGCGGCACCAACAACCACAACUACGCCAACGUCGAACUUAUUGUGGACAUUGCUGAGCGUAUGAACGUUCACGCUGUCUGGGCUGGAUGGGGUCACGCUUCGGAAAACCCCAAGCUUCCCGAGUCUCUCGCUGCCUCCCCCAAGAAGAUUGUCUUCAUCGGACCCCCGGGAUCCGCCAUGCGAUCUCUUGGUGACAAGAUUUCUUCCACAAUCGUCGCACAGCACGCCGAGGUGCCCUGCAUUCCCUGGUCCGGAACUGGUGUCAACGCCGUCGAAAUCGACAGCCACGGCAUCGUCACCGUUGCCGACGACACCUACAUCAAGGGUUGCGUCACCUCGUGGCAGGAGGGUCUGGAGAAGGCCAAGGCCAUUGGCUUCCCCGUCAUGAUCAAGGCAUCAGAGGGUGGUGGUGGCAAGGGUAUCCGCAAGGCCCUCUCCGAGGAGGGCUUCGAGCAGCUCUACAAGGCCGCCGCUGGCGAGAUUCCCGGUUCUCCCAUCUUCAUCAUGAAGUUGGCCGGCAACGCGAGACAUUUGGAAGUGCAGCUGCUCGCUGAUCAGUACGGCAACAACAUCUCCCUCUUUGGCAGAGAUUGUUCCGUCCAGCGUCGUCACCAGAAGAUUAUCGAGGAGGCCCCCGUCACCAUCGCCAAGGACAUCACCUUCAAGGCUAUGGAGGACGCUGCCGUCCGUCUCGGAAAGCUCGUCGGUUACGUCUCGGCUGGCACAGUCGAGUACCUGUACUCCCACGCCGACGACAAGUUCUACUUCCUUGAGUUGAACCCCCGUCUCCAAGUCGAGCAUCCUACCACGGAAAUGGUCAGCGGUGUCAACUUGCCCGCCGCCCAGCUCCAGAUUGCCAUGGGUAUCCCCCUGCACAGAAUCCGCGACAUUCGUCUGCUGUACGGCGUCGACCCUAGGACAUCCACUGAGAUCGACUUUGAGUUCAAGCAGGAGGGCAGCGAGAAGACGCAGCGUCGCCCGAGACCCAAGGGUCAUACCACGGCCUGCAGAAUCACCUCCGAGGACCCCGGUGAAGGUUUCAAGCCUUCCAACGGUGUCAUGCACGACCUGAACUUCAGGAGUAGUUCCAACGUUUGGGGUUACUUCUCCGUCAGUACCGCUUCGAGUAUUCACAGCUUCUCCGACUCCCAAUUUGGUCACAUUUUCGCCUACGGCGAGAACCGUGCUGCUUCUCGCAAGCACAUGGUUGUUGCCUUGAAGGAGCUGAGUAUUCGUGGUGACUUCCGCACGACGGUCGAGUACCUCAUCAAGCUUUUGGAGACGGAGGCUUUCGAGGACAACACCAUCACUACCGGCUGGCUCGACGAGCUCAUCACCAAGAAGCUGACUGCUGAGCGUCCGGACCCCAUGCUGGCCGUCGUCUGCGGUGCUGUCACCAAGGCUCACCUUGCCAGCGAGGCUUGCAUGACAGAGUACCGUACCAGCUUGGAGAAGGGUCAAGUCCCCUCCAAGGACAUCCUCAAGACUGUCUUCGCCAUUGACUUCAUCUACGAGGGGUUCCGCUACAAGUUCACUGCCACCCGUGCCAGCACUGACAGCUACCACCUCUUCAUCAACGGAUCCAAGUGCUCGGUCGGCGUUCGUGUCCUCAGUGACGGUGGUCUGCUGAUCCUCUUGGACGGCCGCUCCCACAGCGUCUACUGGAAGGAGGAGGUUGGCGCGACUCGUCUGUCCGUCGACGGCAAGACCUGCUUGCUCGAGCAGGAGAACGAUCCUACCCAGCUGCGCACUCCGUCCCCCGGUAAGCUCGUCAAGUACCUGGUUGAGAACGGCGAGCACGUCAAGGCUGGCCAGCCCUUCGCCGAGGUCGAGGUCAUGAAGAUGUACAUGCCUCUGAUCGCCGCGGAGGACGGUUUCGUCCAGCUCAUCAAGCAGCCGGGAGCCACUCUCGAGGCUGGUGAUAUUCUCGGAAUCCUCGCUCUGGAUGAUCCGAGCCGCGUCAAGCAGGCUCAGCCUUUCGUUGGCCAACUCCCCGUUUACGGCGAGCCCGUCGCCGUCGGUACCAAGCCCGCUCAGCGAUUCGAUCUUCUGCACAACACCCUGAAGAACAUUCUGCUCGGCUACGACAACUCGGUCAUCAUGGCUUCUACUCUGAAGCAGUUGGUCGAGGUCCUUCGCAACCCCGAGUUGCCAUACAGCCAGUGGAAUGCUCAAUUUGCCGCUCUGCACAGCCGUAUGCCCCAGAAGUUGGACAGCCAGUUCUCCCAGAUCGUCGACCGCGCCAAGACCCGCCACGCCGAUUUCCCUGCGAAGCCUCUGCACAAGGCUUUCCACAGGUUCCUCGAGGAGAACGUCGCCGCUGGCGAUGCCGACAUGCUCAAGACCACCCUCGCGCCUUUGACCGACGUCCUCAACGCUUAUUCCGAGGGCCAGAAGGCGCACGAGUUGAACAUCGUCAAGGAACUGCUGGCCUCGUACAUUGAGAUCGAGCGCCUGUUCACUGGUUAUGGAACCCAGGAAGACAGCGUCAUCCUCAAGCUGCGUGACCAGAACAAGGACGACAUCCGCAAGGUUGUCCAGACUGUUCUGUCCCACAGCCGUGUCGGUGCCAAGAGUUCGCUCAUCCUCGCCAUUCUUGAGGAGUACCGCCCCAACAAGCCCAACGUUGGAAACGUUGCCAAAUACCUUCGCCCGGCGUUGCAGGAGUUGACCGAGCUCCAGUCCUCCCGCACCACCUCCAAGGUCUCCCUCAAGGCCCGCGAGAUCAUGAUCCAGUGCUCUCUGCCUUCCUUGGAGGAGCGCACUGCUCAGAUGGAGCACAUCCUUCGCUCUUCCGUCGUAGAGUCACGCUACGGUGAGGCUUCUUGGGACCACCGUGAGCCCAGCCUCGAGGUCAUCAAGGAGGUCGUCGACUCCAAGUACACCGUCUUCGACGUCCUGACCCUUUUCUUCGCCCACGAGGACCCCUACGUUUCUGUUGCUGCCCUCGAGGUCUACGUCCGUCGUGCCUACCGUGCCUACAUCCUGAAGCAGAUCGAGUACCACUCUGACGAGAGCGACACGCCUCUUUUCGUCACUUGGGACUUCGCUCUGCGCAAGAUUGGCCAGAGCGAGUACGGUCUGCCUUUGCAGUCUGCGGCGCCUUCUUCUCCCGCCACGCCCAGCGCGAGCGGCGGCUCGUUUGACUUCAAGCGCAUCCACUCCAUCAGUGACAUGUCCUACCUCAACCACAAGUGGGACUCGGAGCCCAACCGCAAGGGUGUGAUCGUGCCCGUCAAGUACCUCGACGAUGCCGAGGACCUGCUCGGCAAGGCCCUCGAGACCCUCGCUCUCUCGGACAAGGCGAGAAAGCGCAGCACCCCCGGUCUUAUCCCCGACUUGAGCGGCAAGCGCAAGCCCACCACGGCCAAGGUUGACUCUGAUGAGCUCUCUGCUGUCAUCAAUGUCGCCGUCCGCGACGCCGAGAGCAAGAGUGACCAGGAGAUUCUCUCUCGCAUUGUUCCCAUCGUUGAGCAGUUCAAGGAGGAUCUCCUGAACCGCAACGUCCGUCGCAUCACCUUCAUCUGCGGCCGCAACGACGGUGCCUACCCUGGAUACUACACGUUCCGUGGCCCCGAGUACGUUGAGGAUGACAGCAUUCGUCACAGCGAGCCCGCUCUUGCCUUCCAGCUCGAGCUCGGCAGACUGGCCAAGUUCCACAUCAAGCCCGUCUUCACCGAGAACAAGAACAUCCACGUUUACGAGGGUAUCGGCAAGGCUGUCGACGGCGACAAGCGCUACUUCACCCGUGCCGUCAUUCGUCCCGGCCGUCUCCGUGACGAGAUCCCUACCGCCGAGUACCUGAUCUCCGAGGCUGACCGUGUCAUCAACGACAUCUUCGACGCCCUCGAAAUCAUUGGCAACAACAACUCGGAUUUGAACCAGGUCUUCAUCAACUUCACCCCUGUGUUCCAGCUGCACCCCCAAGAGGUCGAGAGCAGUCUGCAGGGCUUCCUCGACCGCUUCGGAGCCCGUGCUUGGCGCCUGCGUGUUGCCCAGGUCGAGAUCCGCAUCAUCUGCACCGACCCUCAGACUGGCGUUCCCUACCCCCUGCGUGUCAUCAUCACCAACACCUCUGGAUACGUUGUUGAUGUCGACAUCUACGCCGAGCGCAAGUCCGAGAAGGGCGAGUGGGUCUUCAACAGCAUCGGUGGUACCAAGGAGAAGGGCCCUAUGCACUUGCUGCCGGUCUCGACCCCUUACCCGACCAAGAACCCUCUGCAGCCCAAGCGUUACAAGGCUCAUCUGAUGGGCACCCAGUACGUGUACGACUUCCCCGAGCUGUUCCGCCAGGCCAUCCAGAACAGCUGGACCCAGUCUGUCAAGAAGCACGGCGCCGUCGGCGGACAGCAGCCCAAGUCGGGCGAGUGCGUCACCUACACCGAGCUCGUCUUGGACGACAAGGACACCCUCCAGGAGGUCAACCGCGAGCCCGGUACCAACACCUGCGGUAUGGUCGGUUGGAUCUUCCACGCCAAGACCCCCGAGUACCCCAAGGGUCGCAAGUUCAUUGUCGUUGCCAACGAUAUCACAUACAUGAUUGGUAGCUUCGGCCCCAAGGAGGACAACUACUUCUACAAGUGCACCGAGCUUGCCCGCAAGCUUGGCAUCCCUCGCAUCUACCUGUCGGCCAACUCCGGUGCUCGUCUGGGUGUCGCCAACGAGCUCAUGCCCCACUUCAAGGUCGCGUGGAACGACGCCAGCAAGCAGGACAACGGCUUCAAGUACCUCUACCUCGACGACGAGGCCCAGAAGCGCUUCUCCAAGGAUGUCAUCACCGAGGUCAUAUCCGAGGAUGGCGAGAAGCGCCAUAAGAUUGUUACCAUCAUCGGUUCCGAGGACGGCCUUGGUGUCGAGUGCUUGAGGGGCUCCGGUCUCAUCGCCGGUGCCACCAGCAAGGCCUACAACGACAUUUUCACCAUUACCCUGGUGACUUGCCGUUCCGUUGGUAUCGGUGCCUACCUUGUCCGUCUCGGCCAGCGCGCCGUCCAGAUCGAGGGCCAGCCCAUCAUCCUCACUGGCGCCCCUGCGCUGAACAACGUUCUUGGCCGUGAGAUUUACACCUCCAACUUGCAGCUUGGUGGUACUCAGAUCAUGUACCGCAACGGUGUCUCCCACAUGACUGGUACCGACGACUUUGAUGGUGUCUCCAAGAUUGUCGAGUGGAUGUCCUUUAUCCCCGAGAAGCGCGGCAGCCCCAUCCCCGUCAGCCCCAGCACGGAUGUCUGGGACCGCGACGUCGUCUACACCCCUCCCCAGAAGCAGCCUUACGACGUCCGAUGGAUGAUUGGUGGUCGCCCCACGGAGGAGGGUGACUUCGAGCCCGGUCUGUUCGACAAGGACUCCUUCGUUGAGACCCUUGGCGGCUGGGCUCGCACUGUCGUUGUUGGCCGUGCUCGUCUCGGUGGUAUCCCCAUGGGUGUCAUCGCGGUCGAGACCCGCUCGGUCGAGAACAUCACCCCUGCCGAUCCCGCCAACCCCGAUUCUAUCGAGCAGGUGACGAACGAGGCCGGUGGUGUGUGGUACCCCAACUCGGCCUUCAAGACUGCCCAGGCCAUCAACGACUUCAACAACGGUGAGCAGCUGCCUCUCAUGAUCCUCGCCAACUGGAGAGGUUUCUCUGGCGGCCAGCGCGACAUGUACAACGAGGUUUUGAAGUACGGUUCCUACAUCGUUGACGCCCUCGUCAAGUUCGAGCAGCCCAUCUUUGUCUACAUUCCUCCCUUUGGUGAGCUUCGUGGCGGUUCUUGGGUCGUCGUCGACCCCACCAUCAACCCCGAGGCCAUGGAGAUGUACGCCGAUGUCGAUGCUCGCGGUGGUGUGCUCGAGCCCGAAGGCAUUAUUGGUAUCAAGUACCGCAAGGACAAGCAGCUCGAGACCAUGGCUCGUCUGGACCCCGUUUACGCCUCUCUUAAGAAGCAGAUGGCAACCGACCUUCCGAAGGAGCAAGCCGACGAGCUCAAGAAGAAGAUGACGAUCCGCGAGAAGCAGCUCCUGCCUGUUUACUCGCAGAUCGCCAUUCAAUUCGCCGACCUUCACGACCGCUCCGGCCGCAUGAAGGCCAAGGGUGUCAUCCGUGACCAGCUCGAGUGGGUCAACUCUCGACGCUUCUUCUACUGGCGCCUGCGCCGUCGUCUCAACGAGGAGUACCUCCUUCGCCGCAUGUCCUCGACUGUCCUUACGUCCACCUCGGGCUCUGACAUCAAGGCACCCGAGGCCCGCAAGCGCAACCUCCAGUUCCUCGAGAGCUGGUCGGGCGUCGUCAACUUCGACACUGCUGAUCGCGAGGUGUCUGAGUGGUACGAGGCCAACCGCAAGUCUAUCACGGACAGGAUCGAGUCCGUCAAGGCCGACAACCUGGCUACUGAGUUGAGCUCAGUCCUGAGGACCAACAAGAACGCCGCCAUGCGCGGUGUUCGCGACGUCAUCCGCACGAUGCCGCCUGAGGAGCGUGACCAGAUCCUCAAGUAUCUGCGCGAUUAGAUGACUCAACUUGGGGAGAGUCGAUUGGCGUAAUAACAUGGGGUGUACGGGUGUCAUUGGUAUAUUUGUUUAGACGGUGUGAGUUUCU